GUCAUUGACAUGCAAAAGCAAUUGGUUCAAAGUGUCUGUACUUCUGAUUUUGAAGAUAAAUAUCGACAAUGGCUGUCUCAAACAACGUAUGUACCCAUCUGACGUUGGGUAAGUGUCCAUGUACUGCAGCAGAGACAGAAGAGAGUGAUUCCAACAGCAACGAGGUUUGCACCCAUUUAACGUUGAGUGUGUGUCAGUGCACUAGAGCUGAGAUACAUGUCUCUUCAACCAAGAAAAGGAAACAUUGCCACAAAGGUCCCUUUGUUGCAAAAAAGAAGGCAUGCAAAGACUUGGUGGUACAAGAGGAUGCUCUGGUGGUACACGAUGAUGACGAUCCUUGGAAGAUAAAAAAGGUGUUGAAAGAGAGUGAUCUUGGCAACAUGAGUAGGCUCAUGCUAGGGAAGGAUUUGGCAGAAAAAUUUGUGUUACCUGUGUUGGGUGAUGCUGCUGAGAUUGAGAAGGGAGUUAGUGUUAAGAUUUGGGAUGUGGACACCUACACCAUGCACUCUCUUGUUUUCAAGAAAUGGGCUUCUUCAAGAUGCUACAUUUUUAUGGGAAAAUGGGUCCAAGAUUUUGUUAAGAGAAGGGGCUUGAAGAAAGGGGAUGAGAUUGGCUUUUACUGGGAUCCAUAUAAUAGUCACUUCAAUUUCUCUGUUCUUAGAGUCAAUUAAUAUGAGAUAGCUCGUGUACAAAGAGCUUAGAAAUCAUUCAAAAUUGUGUAUUUCAUGUUUUAAGUUCUAGUAGUUGUAAGGUUGGAGGGGUUUUAAUAUUCUUGCUUUCAUUUAUUAUAAGCCUUCUCAGAUCUUAUGUUGCUUUUAUGUGUAAGUAUUAUGCUUUCUAUUAAUGACAUUUGUUGCUUGUUCCAAAAUCAUGGUAGGCUAUCGAUGAAGAAAUAUAUCAUACAGAAUUACUCUUUAAAUUAGUAGUUUUUAAAGUAUGUUUUUUUUUUGUGGUUUAUGGUUUAUACUUUGAGAUUCUUGCAAUUGAAAUUUCAUACUACGAUUUCAGUUGCAUCUUGAUUAUGGUUACAACACGCUAUGAGUUGAUGCAUGUGCGCCAAUUGUUUUGAUAUUGAAAGAGCAAUUUAAUGUUUACGAGCUACAUAUUUGGUGACCACUGUGAUAACAAUUUUAUAAUAACACAUAAUUAUUAAACUUUGACUAAUAUACUUUCUAUUUCGACCACUCAAUUGUCUCUUUCAAGAAAGAAAGAAGAAGUCAAAUGUCCCGAUAAUUUGAAUUCCUAAUUUUCUGCCUUUCAAGAAAUAUCUUUAUAAAGCCAUUUUUGUUGCCGAUAAAUAUUUGAAAUGAAAUUCUAACUAAUUUGUGUUGAGUACUUUGCAAGAUGCUAUAAAUUGAUGGGAAAAUGUGUCCAAGAUUAUGUUAAGAGAAGGGGCUUUAAGCAAGGGGAUGAGAUUGGUUUCGUGGACCCAUCACGAAACCCCAAUUCUCAUUGAGUCUGUUACCUAGAGGAAUCUUACGCUCUAAUACCACUUCUUAUGACAGGAAUCAAAAUGUUAUAGAAGAAGAAGAACACAGAGAUAUUAAUAUGGUUUAGUCAAUACGUCCUCAUGAGCAAAUUAAAAUAUUUUUAUUUACUAUAACUGGUAAAUACAAGAUACUGUAUUCGGCAUAAGAAUAAUAAUGACUCGUAAUUCACUAUAUCAAAUCAUAACUCUUUAUUACAUUGAUUAGAAUAAUAAUUACUGAAAUUCAAGAGAUAAAAUUAUGGGUCAUAUGAAAAUUCAAGCCAUCUAAAUAGGUUGUUCAGAUAAAAAUUCCUGUGAUGGAAUUAGCAAGAAAGAUAGUGUGAAAUUUGAUGGAGGAAAAAAGAAAUUUAAAAAGAAAAAAUGAAGUACUAUGUUUGUUGAAAUUUGAGCAUCUUGCUCGUGAAUGCUGGCAUAGGAAGUAAGGAUAUAAGAAAGGUGAUGAUGAAGCUCAUCUAGAGUGAAUAUCCAACUUUUGUUAAAAAAAAUUUAAUUUUUUUUAAAUUGAAUUUAUUUUUUUAAAAAGGGAAUAAGAACAAAAUGUUUUAAGAAAAUUAUAAUUUGCUUUACAAAAUGAAAAAUAUUCAAAUUUGACUUUAAAAUUGAAAAAAGAAACAUGUAAAUAAUUAAACCCAUAAAGUAAUGUUUGCUUUAUACAUACAAAAUAAAAAAUUCAGAAUUUUUGGCCUUAUGUG